UCAUCUCAUACUUCCAACAAAGAAAAUAAUGGCAAUGUUUGAGCAAAGCAAAAUGCUGCCUAUGUUCCUAGUGAUCCUCGCAGUGCUAGCACCAGUGGCUCCAAAAGCAUCAGCAGCAACAGGAUCGAUCGCAAUAUACUGGGGCCAAAACGGCAACGAAGGAUCGCUCGCCAACGCUUGCAUCAAUGGCACCUACAAGAUCAUCAUGCUCUCCUUCCUCAACGUUUUCGGUGGCGGCCAGAUCCCCCAGCUCAAUCUCGCCGGCCACUGCGACCCAUCCUCGAAUGGCUGCGUGACACUGAGCUCCCAGAUCGCCUCCUGCCAAAGCAAAGGCAUCCAGAUCCUCCUCUCGCUCGGCGGAGCGGUGGGGAAUUACACCAUCUCCUCCGCCAGCGACGCCAGAUCCGUGGCGAGAUACCUGUGGAACAAUUUCUUGGGUGGUCGAUCCAGCUCCAGGCCUCUGGGAUCCGCGGUCUUGGAUGGAAUCGACUUUGAUAUCGAGAAUGGAGCGAUCCCGGAUAGGUACGCGCUGCUCGCCCAAGCGAUCCGGGACGUUUCUAGAGGCUCGAGCCGCAGGGUUUUGAUCUCGGCGGCUCCGCAGUGCCCAUUUCCAGAUGCAAACCUGGGAUCCGCCAUCGCCAAGCAGGGGCUCUUCGACUACGUCUACGUACAAUUCUACAACAAUCCUCCCUGCCAGUACGAUGGCAGUAGCACCACCAGGCUCCUGGAUUCUUGGAAGGAGUGGAAUUCCAAGACGCCCAAUGUGAAGAUCUUCAUGGGAUUGCCGGCGGCGCCAGCGGCGGCGGGAUCUGGGUUUGUGCCCAGCCAAGUUUUGAGGAGCCAAGUUCUUCCACGGAUUAGAUCCUCUCCAAAGUACGGUGGUGUGAUGUUUUGGUCCGUGUUCUUCGACCGACAAACUUCGUAUAGCCAGUCGAUCAAGGCUAGCAUCUAGUAGAUGUGAUCAACAGGAAAAAUGAGAAGGAAUCUCUUCUCUUUUCUUAUCAAUUCACUGUUCUUCCAAUGCAUAGUGGAAGUGGGAAUGUUAUCAACUUGACCAGUUCUUCCUGGA